AUGAGGAUGCGCCUCUAUGAUGAAACAUCGCUUUCAGGUCCAGACCCCAUCGAACAGAUUCUCUUGCGGAACGCUUUUUGGCAGUUGUACGUUUGCGACAAGACGGCUUUGGUAAUAAAGACCCGCCCGGUUCUAAUCCACGAGCCUCACCUUGAUACGGUACUUACACUAGAGGCAUACUCGCGAUACCCUGUGCUACUCUUUGACCAUGGAGUAGAAGCAGAUGGCGCGAGGAUUAAGGAUAGCCUUUUGGGGGGAUCCUAUGUUGUUCGCCGUCUAUGGGCCUUGGCCCCUAGGGUCAUCCAAGGCAUAGAGCUACAUUCCAAGAGGAACUUGGACCCAUUUACCGAUAUGGAAGCCUAUCAUGAUCGCAUCGCAAACCUGUCGGAGGCAUAUUUUGAAAUGAUCACUCUAACCAACAACCACCCUGUCCUAGUCCGAACGCCCGAUGAGCCAGCUCUCGACAUCAGCCGAAGCGCAGAUCAGCACCUGGUUGAGAUUCUGCAGCGGCAACGGACCAGUUACCUUAUUUCCCUCUACACCAUAAAAGUCAUAGUGCUCCACUUAGUAAUCGAGUAUAAUGUGACUGAGGUUAUAGGUCUAAGCUCAGAGCCUCUGAUACUCGCAAUGAGGCAGAUAGAGCUGGCUCAAGACUUUUUAAAUGCCCUCGAGAGUGCUCUAUUUCUUCAUCUAUAG